AUGGGACUGAAUUUACCUCUCAAAAUCUUGAGAGCACCCAUUGCUGCAAUGGGAAUGGCAUUACCCUUCUUUGCAACUGGUGGCAUCAAGCCUGAAACUGAUUCUUCAUUUGCAUUCCUUUUGGUGAGCAUCAUCUCUCUUAUGCUGUGUGAACUCUUGACAACCAAGGAAGCCCAGAGGAGACAUCAAUACUAUGAUGAACUGGCUUCGCAGGGUCGUUUCUCUUCUGCUCUUUUAGUUGUAAGGGAACAUCUUCCUUCUGGAAAGGCAUGUCUGAGAUUGAAUAUCGAUGCGACAAGAAUAGGAAACAUUGCACGGUUUGUGAAUCAUUCAUGUGACGGUGGUAAUUUGAGCACAAAGCUAGUUAGAAUUUCAGGAUCUUUGUUCCCCCGCCUAUGCUUCUUUGCUUCAAAAGAUAUCCAAGUAGAUGAAGAGCUUACUUUUAGCUAUGGAGAAAUCAGGAAAAGGCCAAAUGGUUUGCCAUGCUUUUGCAAUAGCCCUUCUUGCCUUGGAACAUUGCCCUCUGAGGACACGUGA